AUAAAUUGCGUGCGCUCCCUGGAAAGUCGGAGACAACGUGUAACUGCAGGAAAAUAGGGCGCGCAACGUGACUUGUUUGUUUUUGUACCCGUCUGCUUUUUCUGAUUAUUGCACUGCGCCGUCAUGUUUCCUCAAGGUAAGAAGUGCGACACAUAUGAGGACUGCAAGGCCACAGCUGAUUGGCUGCUGGCUCAGACAAACAUGCGGCCUUCCGUUGGCAUCGUGUGCGGCUCGGGCCUCGGCGGCUUGGCGGCCAUGUUGAAGGACCAGGUGGCGUUCAACUACAAGGACAUUCCAAACUUCCCGCAAAGCACAGUGCACGGACACGCCGGACGGCUCGUUUUUGGAACAUUGAAAGGGCGAUCAUGUGUGUGCAUGCAGGGUCGCUUCCACUUGUACGAGGGCUACCCCAUCCAGAAGAUCACGCUGCCCAUGCGCAUCUUCAAGCUGCUGGGCGUGGGCACGGUCAUCCUGACCAACGCGGCCGGCGGUCUCAAUCAGGACUUCAAGGUGGGAGACAUCAUGAUCAUGAAAGACCACAUCAACAUGCCGGGCUUCGCAGGGAACAGCCCACUCGCCGGACCCAACGACGAGAGGUUCGGAGUGCGCUUCCCGUGCAUGUCCGACGCGUACGACCGAGAGCUUCAGCAGCUGGCCAUGGACGUGGGGCAAGAACUGGGCUUUGGGGAUUUCCUGAGGGAAGGUGUCUAUUGCGUGCUGGGCGGUCCCUCAUUUGAGACCAUCGCCGAGUGCAGGAUGAUGCAUAAACUUGGCGCUGAUGCUGUCGGUAUGAGCACGGUCCACGAGGUGAUCGUGGCUCGCCACUCCGGCAUGCGCGUCUUCGCCCUGUCGCUGAUCAGCAACCAGGCGGUGAUGGAUUACGACAGCGAGGCAAAGGCCAGCCACGAGGAGGUCCUCCUGACGGGCAAGCAGAGAGCGGAGCAACUGGAGCAGCUCAUCUCCACCAUGGUGAGCAGGAUGGAGCACAACAACAAUGACGUCUAAAGCCGCCUCGAUUAUUCUGUAGGUUAGACUUUCCUUCCAUUCCAAGGUCCGACAUUCCGUUCUCCCUCCUUGUUAUAUAUUUUUUAUAUUAAUAAUUGAUCAACAUGUACAAGUGUGAUUGAAGUCAGCCUGUUUUUUUUUUUCUAUUGUUAAUAAAGGUUAUUUAAUACAA